CUGGUCAUGAAAUCCUUACUAUAGUUUUUUUUAAUAAACUGGCGGUCCAUCAGAAAACAAACUGGUUUCUGCACCGUUUCGGACGCUCUCUGCUUUUUGCUUUGGCUUUUAGUGGCGCGAGCGUCAGCGCGAGGUCAUGCGCGCCGCCGCUGAGCAGCUGUCAAUCACAAUUGCUCGCGAGAGAUCGCAUUGAAGCGGCUUGCUACAGUGUUUUAGGGUACCAUAAUACUUUCUGCAGUGUUUCACGACUGAGACGGUCGACUUGCGGUCGUUUGGAGAGUCUCGUAGUUGUAGGUGGAGGGAAGAAGGCGUAUCGACUGGCCAAGCCCGCCAUGCCCGGUCCGGUGAGCAGUAAAGCACGGGUGUAUGCUGAUGCCAACACUGUGAAGAGCAAGGAAUACUGGGACUAUGAAGCACAUGUGCCUAGCUGGAGCAAUCAGGAUGACUACCAGCUCGUACGGAAGCUCGGAAGAGGCAAAUACAGUGAGGUGUUUGAGGCCAUCAACAUCAACAGCAACGACAGAGUAGUUGUUAAAAUACUGAAGCCUGUUAAGAAGAAGAAGAUUAAGCGUGAGAUCAAAAUUCUGGAGAACUUGCGAGGAGGAACCAACAUCAUUCGUCUUGUAGACACCGUGAAGGACCCUGUGUCUAGGACGCCAGCCCUUGUGUUUGAGUACAUCAAUAACACGGAUUUCAAGGAUCUCUAUCAGAGACUAACAGACUUUGAUAUCCGUUUUUACUUGUAUGAACUUCUCAAGGCGCUGGACUACUCUCAUAGCAUGGGCAUCAUGCAUCGGGAUGUCAAACCUCACAAUGUCAUGAUAGACCACCAAAUGAGAAAGUUGCGGCUUAUAGAUUGGGGUCUUGCUGAGUUCUACCACCCUGCACAGGAUUACAACGUUAGGGUCGCCUCAAGAUCAUAUAAGGGACCAGAGCUGCUGGUUGACUAUCAGAUGUAUGACUACAGUCUGGACAUGUGGAGCUUGGGCUGUAUGUUAGCCAGUAUGAUCUUCCAGAAAGAGCCAUUUUUCCAUGGUCAAGACAACUAUGACCAGUUGGUCAGAAUUGCCAAGGUUCUGGGAACAGAAGAGCUAUUCAGCUACCUGAACAAGUAUCACAUCGAGCUGGACACGCGCUUCAAAGAUCUGCUUGGCCAGCAGACACGCAAGCGCUGGGAGAACUUUGUUCAGCCAGAGAAUCAGCACUUGGUGAGCCCAGAAGCUCUGGAUUUGCUGGAUAAACUCCUGCGUUACGAUCAUCAACAGAGAUUGACUGCCCAAGAAGCCAUGGAGCACCCCUACUUUUAUCCUGUGCUGAAGGGACAGCCUCCGUCAAACUCAGAAGGCGCUCUGGCAAUAAGCAGCUCGACCACAACAUGAUGGGCUAAAAGCAGGAAAACCUUUUUACCUCAACAUGUCGUGCAGAGACAUGCUGCCUUUCAGGUGUGAAGCUUCAGUUUACUGGAGCAAGAAGUUAUUAAGCAACACAAGACUUGUACAGAAUGAACACAAUGGGCUGUAGUCCUUCUCUUACAUUCACUUUGUAUUAGUGCUGCUUGCCAUCGUUAUCUAGGUACCAAACUGGUGUUUUUUUCCCCCCUAAUCUUCCCUCCUUUGAGUUGAACAUCUCCAUUUCAUUUUUGGAUCAACACUGAAUUAAGCUAUAAUAUAAUGAGAGGGAAAGAAUGCCUGCUCUUUCCCCAUGAUUCUCAGGCUGUAGAUGAUUGAUGGAGGCUCCCGAUCCUGGUUGCAUUAUGUUCUGGAAGAUUGUGUUGUUCAAUGACUUGCCCUGCUGAUAUGAGCUCAGAUUAUAAACUAUAGUAUUGUCGGGUAUGGAGGCUUUACUGCAAUUUAUUGAAAAUAAGAUAUAUUAAAUGAAACUGUUUUUAA